UUGCUGGAGCUCGCAAUUGACAUCCGCUUCAUCUUUUCAGCUUUGGCUUGCCAACCCUCGAUCUCCACAUUGCUGCCGGCCAAAUAUGAUGCUCAACCAGUCUCUUUCUGUCCUGUUGGGCUUGAGAUCAAGCCACAGCGCUGCCGAUCCCUCCUCGAUCGCGGCAAGAUUAUGGCCAGAUCCUCCCUGAACUGGGAACAAAGCUGGUCGUGUUGCGCGUGCCUCUUGCUGCUUGAGUGACGCCCUGUGCCACCAACUUGGCUGUGAGUUCUUCCUCAGACCACUUCUCCUCCAUACUUGACCACCACUGGCUCUACCUCUUCCACAGAACCCAAAACUGCUAGGGAACCUCCAUACCCAGAACUGCGAUUGAAGCGCCUGACCCGACUCUGUUGUCUUUUUUCUUACAUUUGCGAUACCCCUUUUGCACCUUUACACCAUGGCCUCUGUUAAUCGUCCCACAAACAACGCCAUCAAGGAGAAGGACAUCAACCAGAAACUCCAGCUCUAUGGCAUCUACCAAGCCUUCGCCAACGGCAAAGUCCCCUCCAACAAGCAGAUUGAUGUCGCGCUGAACAGUGCGCUGGCCUCCAAGGCCCUCUCCUCACCGUCCUCAAAGCUCUCCGAAGAGGGUCGCAAACUGGUCGGAGAUCUGAAAGAGGUCAUCCAACAGGCCAAAUACCUGUUGUUGUCCAAGAAUGAGGGGAAUUUGCUUCAGGAGUUCAUCUGGGACACCCAACACCUCGACGGCAACAAUGUCAGCCUUCCCAACGCCCCGACAGACAAGACUACCGCUCAACAGCACGGCGAUGAGGCCCUGGAAGGUCUCAAGACCCUUGGCAGACUCAUCCUCUCGAAUGGCCAAUUCCGCAAACUCCUCAACGAUGCCGUCAUUCUCAUGCGGGACAUGGCGGGUGAUGCCGCGCAGAAUGUUGCCAGCCGUGUGAACCCAUCUGAAGAUCAGCUGAACCAAAUCGACCACCCAGCUGAAGACAAUACCUGGCAUGACGUUCCAGAUCUGUCCAGAGAGAAUCUGAGGAACCAAGCACGUGACGCUUACAACCAGAACAAGCCUUUCAGCCGAGAGGAAGCGAAGGACGCUGCUCAACAAGGCUUGGACGCCGCUCAGCAGCAUCCUACCCAGGAUAACCAAGAAGCCGGACGCGUGGGGCUGCAGAAUGCAACCGAUACUCUCAGAGACCGUGCGCAGCAGAACAUUCCCGAUGAGCGCCAGGAAGAUGCGAAAAAGGCCAAGGAAGCCACAUCUCAACAUACCAAGAACUAUCUCAACAAGAAGGUUCCUCAAGAGCGCCGUGACCAAACUAUCUGGCGGCUUAAGAAGAUGGUGGUGGAGAUUCAAGGCCACUCCGACUAUCGCCAAGCUAUUGACACGCUGCUCUCUCUUGCAGAGACAUACGGUGGCCAUGCCACCGACUUACAUUCACAAUCCACUGGGACUAUCAAAGGUGCUCAUGAAGACGAUCGCUUGAAGAGUGCAGAGGCUAACUUGAAGACACUUAUUGAACGCUUUGCCAAUUACACAAGCACCGAUGACUUCUUCGACGCCUUGAACAACAUCUACCGAGACGCAGAUCGUGACCCAGAACUCAAGGAUUGGUUCAAGGCUGUGGACCGGUACAUCCGGAAAUGUUUGCAGGAGCAAGGAUACAUUCUCCAAGACGAAGCCAACGACGAGUACAACCGUCUCCAGGAGAAAGGCCGCUUCCUCCUUCGUGAACGCUAUCGGAACCAUACCGACCGCAUCCUCGACGAAAUCAAAUUCCUCGGGGAUCAAUUCGACCAGGACCCACAGAACAAAGCCUUUGGAGAUGCCGUUCAAAGACUAUUCCUCGACCUUGGAAAUGACGAGAAUGGCAAGCCCACGUUCAAGCCUCAUUUGAUCAAAGAUCUCACCGAGGUUAUCAUUCCCGAGAUCUUCGAGAAUACUCGCUACAUUCCCAUCCCCAGAAUUGAAGUUUCCGAUCCCAUGAUUGACGCUGUGGUGGAGAAUCUCGUCAUUGAAAGUGACAACCUCUUCCCCAACGUCUUCGAGUUUGGUAGUGAUAACUAUUUCCGCAUGGGCCGCAAGGGAAUUUCCAACAAGAGGGAGAACAAGGUCACAAUUGCGGGUUCCGGCAUUCAGAUGGAUCUCCAAGACGUCGCGUACUACAUCAAAAAGAAGCAAGGAUUCCCGUCCAUCACCGACAAGGGUGUCAUGGACAUCUUCCUCGGUGGCGAAGGCUUCAGUUUCAAGAUCUCGGCACGCAACGCCAAUGCCAAAGACCGCAGUCACUUCGUCGCUGUGGACAAGGUGGACGUCACAAUCAAGAACUUGAACGUUAAGAUCAAGCAAUCCAAUCACAAACUAUUGUUCAAGAUCGCCAAGCCACUGUUGUUGAAGACCAUGAAACCGGUCAUCCAGAAGGUGCUGGAGAAGCAGAUCAAGGAUGCCUUCAUGCAAGCAGACGCUUUCGCCUACCGUGUGCACCAAGACGUACAACGCGGCAAGGAGGCGGCUCUGGAAGAUCCUGAGAAUGCUCCGAACAUCUGGCAAUCUUACUGGAACUCUUACCAGAAGUUGUUGGCGGAGAAGAAGGAGAAGGCCAAGGAUGUCGCAUCCAAGACCAACGUCAACAUGGCAAUGACGAAGCAAGACUCCAUGUUCAAGCAUAUCAGCCUACCGGGCGGAGUCUCGACCAAGGCAACGGAGUACAAGGAGCUUGCUGCCAAGGGCGAUCGUUGGGAAUCUCCAGUUUUCAGCAUUGGCAAUGCGAAGGAGUCAAGCGACCUCCCUAAGUCGAAAUCGGUAAUUCGCAAGCCACAUGACACCACUGCUGGCACAAUCCGUGGCGGCAAUCAUCCCAACGACGAUAAUUUGUCUUCUGUCACUGGCACGACUGUUACCAGUAAUCCUGCGGGGACCGCCGGCUUCAGCAACCAAGUCGACCGCGCUUUUGACACAAACAAGGACAUCACAACCGGUGGUCCCAAUGUUGGUGCCAAAGUGACCAACGGCAGUGCCAAUAAGACUUACUACGAUGGUGUCACUUCCCAGUAGAGGUCUGAAGGCGGAUCGUCGUGUUUUUCAUGGAUUCAGCUGCUUGCAUUGAUACCCUUUCGAGAGUUUUGCUGAUGUUGGUGUACAAACUGGUAAUGGAGAAAAAAACACAUGCUGUUGACUGGUAUUACGAAUUUCUUAUCGUUGACAAUGCAAUCCUGCAACAAGAUGGCUUCUUGCGCCGGUGAUGGAAAUCAAAUAGCUAGAUAGUCGACACAGCGACUCUCAGGAUUAGCACAAAACAGGCAUUUCGCGUUCCC